UGUUUGCGGCUUCCACGGGGCUGGAGGCUGUGGAGCUGCGAAGGGUUGCUGAAGGGAGAAGAAGAAGCACAAGGGAGCAAGAAGAGGAGCAGGAGAAACUUUUGUAACUCGCCUCGAGGGCACCUGGCGCCGCCUUCUCUCUCCUUCCUUACUUCCUAAGCCGCUUAGCAGGGCAGCCCUUCUGCCUUGGGAUUCCCGGGGCAGCAGCAGCAGCAGCAGCAGCAGCAGCUCUUGGGCGAGAAGAAAGUCCAAGCCUUUUCCCUUCCCUUCCCCUCAAACUCAGAGCCGGGCGCCCUGCAGGAGAGGAGCGGAGAGGAGCCCCGGCGCCUUCGGGAUGGCCGCGCCCUGACCUGAGCCCGCUUUCCCCUCCCUGGGCUUCUCCUCUCUUGACGGAGUCUCUUCUGCCUCUCUUGCUCCGUCUGCGGGGCCCCUUCCUGGUGCCUGGGGCCGGAGCUAUAUGGAGGGAGCCCAGCAUGGUCUGCACCAGGAAGACCAAAACUUUGGUGUCCACCUGCGUGAUCCUGAGCGGCAUGACUAACAUCAUCUGCCUGCUCUACGUGGGAUGGGUCACCAACUACAUCGCCACCGUCUCCGUCAAGGUCCAGGAGCCCCCCGCCGACGCCGAGGCCCGGAGGGAGCAGGCCCCGCAGCGCAGGACCGGGGAGCCCACCUGGAGGAUCCUCGAGAGGCUCGACCACCUCGAGAACGUCAUCAAGCAGCACCUCCAAGAAGCACCACUGAAACCAGAAGAAAACCCAGAUGAGGCUUUCACUGACUCUUCCCUUUUUGCUCACUGGGGCCAGGACCUUAGCCCUGAGAACAGACGUGUUGCCCUUAAACAGUUCCAGUACUAUGGCUACAAUGCAUACCUGAGUGAUCGUCUUCCCAUGGAUAGACCAUUGCCUGACUUUAGACCGAAUGGGUGCAAGAACCUUACAUUUCCAGACAGCCUUCCUGAAGUCAGCAUUGUUUUCAUAUUUGUGAAUGAAGCACUCUCUGUGAUUCUGCGUUCCAUUCAUUCUGCUAUUGACAGGACUCCUGCUCAUUUGCUCAAAGAGAUUAUUUUAGUGGAUGACAACAGUAAUAAUGAAGAACUCAAAGAGAAGCUAAAACAAUACGUUGAUGAAGUGAAUACACGGAAACCUGGGUUCAUCAAGGUGGUUCGACACAACAAACAAGAGGGGCUGAUUCGGUCUCGUGUUAGUGGCUGGAGGGCAGCCACAGCUCCAGUAGUUGCGCUCUUUGAUGCACAUGUAGAAUUCAACGUGGGAUGGGCUGAGCCGGUACUCACCAGGAUCAAAGAAAACAGAAGAAGAGUAAUUUCUCCAUCAUUUGAUAAUAUCAAAUAUGACAAUUUUGAAAUAGAAGAGUAUCCCCUGUCAGCACAAGGUUUUGACUGGGAAUUAUGGUGUCGAUACUUAAAUCCUCCUAAAGCAUGGUGGAAGCUGGAAAACACCACUGCUCCAAUAAGGAGCCCAGCACUGAUUGGAUGUUUCAUAGUGGACAGAGAAUAUUUCCAAGAAAUUGGUCUGCUAGAUGAAGGCAUGGAGGUUUAUGGAGGUGAAAAUGUGGAACUUGGGAUCAGGGUAUGGCAGUGUGGUGGUAGCGUUGAAGUGCUGCCUUGCUCUAGGAUUGCCCAUAUUGAACGAGCUCAUAAACCGUAUACAGAAGACCUAACUACUCAUGUCCGAAGAAAUGCACUAAGAGUGGCCGAAGUCUGGAUGGAUGAAUUCAAAAGUCAUGUUUAUAUGGCUUGGAAUAUUCCCCAAGAGGAUUCUGGAAUUGACAUUGGUGAUAUUUCUGAGAGGAAAGCUUUGAGAAAAAAGCUGCAAUGCAAGACCUUUAGGUGGUAUCUUGUCAGCGUGUACCCAGAAAUGAGAAUGUACUCAGACACUGUGGCCUACGGGGUGCUGCAGAAUUCCCUAAAAAGUGAUUUGUGCCUUGAUCAGGGUCCCGACACAGAAAAUAUUCCAAUCAUGUAUAUCUGCCAUGGAAUGACACCGCAGAAUGUCUAUUACACAGGCAGCCAGCAGAUCCAUGUGGGUAUCCUAAGCCCUACCAUUGAUGAUGAUGACAACAGAUGCCUGGUGGAUGUCAAUAGCCGGCCCAGGCUAAUUGAAUGCAGUUAUGCCAAAGCCAAAAGGAUGAAGCUUUACUGGCAAUUUACUCAGGGAGGCCCAAUCCAGAACAGAAAAUCCAAACGUUGCCUGGAGCUGCAGGAAAACAGUGAUAAUGAAUUUGGAUUUCAGUUAGUUCUACAGAAAUGCUCUGGCCAGCGUUGGUCUAUCACAAACAUCCUGAAAAGCUUACUGCCAUAGACUUUUUUUUGGGGGGGGGGGGAUCUUCUACUCAGUCCUCUUGCUACUGUGUAGCAAAAGUCUGCAAUGUCGCCUGCUGCACUGUAUAAUUUUUCCUUCCUCUUUUAAUCUUUUUGUGUGAGUGUGUGGAUGUCAGAUUUGUGGGCUGAGAAUAGAGAUUUUUAUUUGAUAAGGACAUUUUCACAGCAUUUAUAGAGAGUGAUAUUGAAUGACGGGUGAUAAUAGAAUAUCUUUAAAUAUUUUGCAAUUGUAAAUAGGGAACAAAUGGAGAAUAUUUAUAACUCAAUAAAAUUUUAUUGAUAAAAAUA